ACGGCCCCCAAAUCCGCGCGCCUCUCGCAUCUCAGACCGCUGCUGAGCCUGGCCGACAUGGCCACCUCCUCGCUCGCCGUCCGCUCGGCCCUCGGUGUCGCCCUUGCCUUUUUGAUCGCGUCGGGUGCCGUCCGGCGGCGCUCGCUAGACGCCUCGGGCGGAGCUGCCGGGUUUGCCGUGAUGGCGCUCCACCUUGCCUGCGGCUAUAGGUACGGAGCGCUGCUGCUGGCUUUCUUCUUCACCUCGUCCAAGGUGACCAAGAUCGGCGAGGACCGCAAGCGACGCGUUGAGGAGGACUUCAAGGAGGGUGGCCAGCGCAACUGGAUCCAAGUUCUGGCAAAUAGUGCAAUAGCAACUGUAUUGGUUAUUGUAUUGGCGAUAAUGACUGGGGGUCAAGAUCAAUGCUUGGACUCAAAUGGUUCAAAGGUUAUAACUGGUAUAAUAGGUGCUAUUAUUGGCCAUUAUUGCUGCUGCAAUGGAGACACUUGGUCAUCUGAAAUCGGUGUGCUUAGUGAUGAACAACCACGGCUUGUCACUACCCUGAAGCCUGUCAGGAAAGGUACAAAUGGUGGAGUGACCUUACAAGGACUUCUUGCUGCCACAGCAGGUGGUCUAACCAUUGGUCUGAUUUUUGUUGCUGUUGGACUGAUGACAGCUGAUUGUUCUUUUGAUAUGUCGCUUCAACAGCUCCUAGUAAUACCUAUCUCUGCUGCUGCUGGUUUGCUUGGGAGUCUAAUUGAUUCAUUUCUGGGUGCCACACUUCAGUUCAGCGGAUACUGCAGUGUUAGGAAAAAGGUGGUCAGUAAACGGGGACCUACCGUCACCAAGAUUUCUGGAAUGACUAUCCUUGAUAAUGAUGCUGUUAAUGCAGUGUCUGUGCUGCUAACAUCUGUGAUUACAGCUUAUGCGUGCAUUUUCUUCUUUUAGAAGCAAGGGUUUGGUUGGGUUUUCCCUGUUCCUAAUACUCAAUCAUGUUAAUGUGGAUAUUCCAAGGGCGGAAUGACUGAUGUUUACUUCAAGCAAGAUGAACAAUGAAGUGUUGGAAAUCUUUGGCUA